AUUUAUUAGCAUAUGGGAAUUUUGUUGUGAUUUAUGGAAGCAUCCGGUUUGAUUCCGCUUUUGAAUCCGUUAUUUUAUCUCGAAUACAAGCGCGUGCUGGUCAGUUAGAGGUCGGUGAAAAGUCGACCGCUGUCACUGAUUCAUGGGCUCAACACGGACUUCAGCUACAAACAUCUCUGUCAAGAGGCUGACACAGGGUUGACUUCAUUCAUUGAAUAUCCAGAUUUAGGGGACAUGAAGUUGUCUUUGGACAGUAUGGGCGUCCUGAAGAUCGUGCUGUUCAUCUUUGAGGCGAUUUUACUGACUGACUGCGCAAGAGGACCUCCAAGGGUGUCUGAGAAGGUUGCUCAUAGACAGAUGGCCCGGCUUGGGAGCGCCAUUAAGCUGCCGUGUCCAGUGGAGGGAGACCCUCCGCCCCUCAUAAUGUGGACCAAAGAUGGGCGCAACAUCCACAGCGGCUGGAUCCGUUUCCGUAUACUCCGCAUAGGCCUGAAGAUCAAGGAGGUGGAGGCAGAUGACACGGGGACCUACAUCUGCAAAGCCACCAAUGGCUUUGGUAGCGUUAACAUCAACUAUACCCUUAUCGUCAUCGAUGACUCAGGUUCGGAUAAAACUGGAGCCGCGGCGGCUGAUGGAGCAGAGUCUGACCUGGGCACUGAUGGCUUGUCAGAUAAACUUGUGCGUCCACGCUUCACCCAGCCGCUAAGAUGAGAAAAAAGGGUGAUAGCUCGUCCUGUUGGCAGCUCGGUGCGGCUCAAAUGCACAGCCAGUGGAAAUCCUCGGCCGGACAUUGUCUGGCUGAAGGACGACAAGCCGCUGACGGAGCAGGAGGUCGGCGAGGGCCGUCAGAAGAAGUGGACUCUGAGUCUGAAGAACCUGAUGCCAGAGCACAGCGGCAGAUACACCUGCAAGGUCUCCAAUCGGGCUGGGGAAAUCAACGCCACAUAUAAAGUUGAGGUCAUACAGAGGACAAACUCCAAGCCUAUUUUGACUGGCACUCACCCGGUCAACACAACGGUGGACUACGGCGGCACCACGUCGUUUCAGUGCAAAGUGAGGAGUGACGUUAAGCCGGUCAUUCAGUGGCUCAAACGCGUGGAGUCUAACGAGGAAAGCCGCUACAACUCCACCAUUGAGGUGGGAGACCACCGAUUCAUGGUGCUGCCCAUGGGGGAGGUGUGGUCCCGACCCGACGGCUCCUACCUCAACAAGCUGCUCAUUACCCGCGCCAAGGAGGACGACGCUGGCAUGUACAUCUGCUUAGGCGCCAACACCAUGGGCUACAGCUUCCGCAGCGCCUUCCUCACUGUGCUGCCAGACACAAAGCCUCCCAUCAUGCCCAUGUUCUCGCCAACCUCCAGCUCCCUCCCCUGGCCUGUCAUCAUUGGCAUCCCUGCUGGAAUAGUGUUCAUCUUUGGCACAGUGCUGUUGUGGUUUUGCCAGAGCAGGAGUGGUCCCCCACCCAGUGCUCCAGCUGCAGCUGCACAGGUACUGCAGAGCUCCCACCGGCUGCCGUAUCGAGAGCGGGACAGGGGCUGUGUGGCUCCGUCCUCCAGCUCCUCCAGCCCAGACAAAGACUGCAUGAGCUCCACGAACUAUGAGGAGUACCUGGCACAGCAGCAGCUCCUCCUCACCCAGGGAGGACCAACAACCCCCCCUAAAAUCUACCCCAAAAUCUACACUGACAUUCACACACACACUCACUCACAUGUGGACGGGAAAGUACAUCAGCAUCAACACAUUCAUUUUCAGUGUUAGCCAAAUAUCCCCCACGAACUGCUCCAGUAUCUCAGAGGGACAAUAAGCUCUGGACUUAGUUGCUGCUCCUGAACGGCAUUCACCCGGCAUUAUUCAUUAGAGACUCUUCUCAUUGCUGAAGAGUGUGCAUGAAGAACAGCAGUGGCCAGUAAUACACACCUUGUGUUUUUACAUCCAAACUUCCAUAUUUGGUGCUUUUUUUUUUACCUGUCAGAUUCUCACAC